UAAGAAUGUUUUCUCGAAGGGGAUUCGAAGGCCGGAAACUCACACUCCCGUCUUCGGUAAGGUCGACGCAGGUUCCCGAAGGGCCUCGGAGAUAGGGGUCAGUUAUGUGCGCACUCAUUCGAGCACACGCAUAUGCAUCGCGUCCGUUCCCCCAUCAUGUAUGAAAGCAAACACCUGUUCGCGGUGCGAUUCAGGUACACGUUUCUGUUGGUCGCCGCGGUCCCCCCCUUCCUGACAAUGGGGAGCCAGCCGAGUGCCACUCCAGCCGCUUUGUACGACGACUCCGUUUUGUAGUAAAGAGUUCUACAGCCCUACAGAGCGGUAGUCGUAGCUGAGUUUGAUCCAGGUCGAUCACGAUAUGUGCACGUAAUGUGAAGUGCGACGUAUGGUGUACACUAAUAUUAGAUUAGAAAGAUAAAACGACAAAAGUUAAUAAAACAGUAUAAAACAUAUUUAUUCAGAUAACAAUAAAAUAUAAAUUCUUAAACAAAGAGUAGGGACCUCCAAAAAAAGACUCUGCGGAAGUAAGUGGAUCGUUCGUGAACCGAAUCAAUCAAAUCAUCGUAAAAAUGUAAAGAUUAAGAAGCAUGUGCAGAUUGUGAAUAAAAAAUGCAAGUAAAACGUGAUUUUAUUUAAAAUAUGACAAAAGUGUUGAUUUUGUUUAUUAAAGAAAUUUAGUUGAAGCAGUUGAUUGACGUAUUUGUGGCAUAAAAUUCGAGUACUUAUGCCCAUGUUCAUUAUGUGUGUAAAAAGAAGUGAAUUAUAAAACCGUCUAGCCACGCCGAUCAAUAAGAACUGAGGGUGUAUAAUUCGUAAGCCCUUUAGUGCUUUUUUGUAAAGGGCGGUGGCUAAGUGCAUGGUGACUCAAAAGGUAACAAACACGAGGAAUUUAUGUUAUCAAUAAGGAACUAGUGCUAUGAGAGAGAGAUCCUCACAAACAAUGGAGACAUAGCCACAUGGACCUGCGCAUAUUUUCCGAGUAUUUUUUGUGGUAUGCAUCUGUCGACGGAAUCGAUGGACGAUGAUCUUGAACUGCCAUGGGACGAAACGUAUUGAGGCUCUUGCUGCUCCUCUGCUGCAUGCUGCAACCGCACGGACAACUGACUCGAGACACGCGAUGCUUUCUGGAGAACGGAGCCACCGCGGCACAUCUCUUUGUCAGCGAGGAUUUGCCCGUCGGCGAUACCGUGGGAAUCCUCGGGGUGCUAGGUGAUCCUGGCUCGCAGGGUGACAUCGAACUCAGCCUGCAAGAGCAUGACAGUCCCGUCGCAUUCUCGCCAUACUCGAAAAAUUUAACUCUCAUUAGUCCGCUUGACAAGGAAGGUAUCGAAGGACCAGCCAGCGUCUUCGUCAACGUUAUCUGUGAGAGGAAACACACCUUGGACCCGGAACUCCUUAUACCAGUAAACAUACGGGUAAUCGAUGCAAAUGAUAAUUCACCGCAAUUCGUAAAUGCACCUUACGUGCUGAAUAUCUCUGAGGUUACUGUCAUCGGCACAAGAGUCCUGCAAGGAGUCCGGGCUGUCGAUGCUGAUCAACCAGGACCAUAUUCCACUGUGCAGUAUGCGGUCCUACCAGGACCUCACUCGAAUUACUUCAUUUUCGUCAACGCUCUGGAAGGCACUCUUGUGUUAAAAAAAUCACUAGAUUAUGAAAUUCUUACCAACUUUUCCGUUGAUAUCCGUGCUCAAGACCAAGGCAAUCCACCGCGUUCGUCAACGACAACGUUAUACGUUAACGUUAUCGAUGCCGACGAUCAGAAUCCAGCUUUUUUAAAUAACGAGUAUAAAGUCACCAUACCUCGGCACAUAAAAGGGAGGAAAGCAUUGAAAGUGGUGCCUGUUGCGAUAAAAGCCGUAGAUCAAGACGUCGGCAUAAAUGCGCCAGUCCGAUACACGAUACAAGGUGGAAUCUUACCCUUUCUCGAUCUGAAUCCUGAGAAUGCUGAAAUCGUCAUGAUACGCUCGCUGCAGGAUCACGAGCUAAUGACACCAGCAACUAUUGUUAUUAAGGCUACUCAAGUGAAUAAUGCAGAUAGGUACGCCCUUGCCACAGUUAUUGUGUCGCGAGAAGAUAUGGUUGGACCAACAGCAGGCGGUCGAUUGCCCGUGAAAUUUGUGCUGAAGAAUCAUCAAACGAGCGUACCGGAGAACACGCCGUCUGGAAGUGUUCUUCUGACCGCAGGGGUCAACAAAGCCGAUCCUGAUUUAAAAUUCUGGCUGGUGGGUCCAGUGGAGGAUCUAGAAAGAUUCUCUAUCACUAACUCUGGCGAGUUAAUCCUUAAAGGGAAUUUAGAUUACGAGCGGCGAGGCCAGCAUAGCUUCCUGGUUCACGUCACAGACGGAUAUCACAACGAUACAUCACGUGUGAAUGUUUCGGUCGAAGACGUGAACGAAUGGGAACCUCGAUUCCAAUAUUCCCGAUACGAAUUUCACGCUCAUUCCGCAAGAGAAGGCUCCGUCGUAGGAAAAUUAGAAGCAGCUGAUGGCGACAGAGGGGACAAAGUUAGUUUAUCCCUCAGAGGACAAGACGCAAGAUCAUUCGAGAUUAAAGAUAAUGGAGAAUUAGUGCUGAGAUCGUUAGGCUCGUUUAACGGAUCUUUGGCUCGAUUUAUAGCAGUAGCUACCGAUACUGGAAAACCGCCUAGAUCCAGCAUGAUCCCGGUGAUCGUUCACAUACCGAACGGCGGUUUGUUACCGAUAGCUGCAAGAGCCGCACCUGCUUGGCUCGGUAGCAGUGUGCUAUUAGUUGCGAUCUUCGGCGCAGUUUUAGGUCUUCUUGGAGUUGUCAUACUCAUUCUCAUCCUUUACAUUUACAAGCAUAAAAGGCCAAAAAGCGGUGGCUCGGUCAGCUCUGUGGGUACAGGAUAUCGCGAAAAAUCACCGGUUCCCUCGGCUCUGAGUCCAACUCCUCAAGUGCUAGGUGCCAAUGUUCUUCAGGACGCCUUGGAGGUCCCGCGGAAUCGGCGUCACGAUAUCGAUGGCAACGAAAAUGAUAACAUUGACAGCCGUAACGAAAUCGAUAAUCCCGUCUUCGGAGAAACCAAUGAAAGCUCGUACAGCGCUACAAUCAAAAGUAUAGCGUCAGCAAGACAAUUACCAUUGUACUCUCGACAUAAAGUGGCGCCCGCUCCAAAUCCGCCAGCUUUAUCAGCCACCUCGAAUAUUCCCAAUAUCGGCGGACUGGUGCAGAAUAUGAACGAUUUGAGUGCUAGAACCAAUUUGGAUACUGGAUCUCACGACUCUUCCAAUUAUUCCGGAGAUCCUCCAGACUCUCUAGUUCCAACGUGGCCUGCCAGUUCAGCCUUGCCAAGGAUCAAAAAGUUGUCCUGGGACGAUGACGAUAGGACCGUGGACAGCGUCGAGGUCGCGGCGGAAACGCGAAACGGAGACAAUCAAGUUGGCAACGAGAGGCUCAAUCUCACCGUAUACUUCUAACGAUCCAUUAUUUUGUAAAUGGGACGAAUGGGUCCAAUAACGACGACGGAAGACUGUUGUAAGCGCUGUUUGGCCAGCUCAGUUAAAUAAAGUCUCGUUGAUGUCGAAA